GCCUCGGCCCGGACGGCCCCGGCUGCAAGCGCGGCGACCGCUUCUUCCGGCCCGGGUCGACCUGGCAGGAGGACGACGGCUGCCUGUCGUGUUCCUGCGGCCGCGGAGGCCACGCGCGCUGCCAGGCCUUUAUGUGCCAGGUCAGCUGCGACAACCCGCGCCGCGUGCAGGGCGAGUGCUGCCCCGCCUGUGACGGGCUGUCCGUGGUGACGCAGUCGCAGUCCUGCCCGUCGCUGGGGAACUGCACCCUAAAAUGCACCCACGGCUUCGUCCUGGACGACGUGGGCUGCUACACGUGCCAGUGCCAGCAAGGGGCGGCGUGCACACUGGAGUGCCACGCGGGGUACGCCCGCGACGCGGCCGGCAACGAGCUCUGCGAGUGUGCCUGCCCCGCCAUGGAGAACUGCAGCAAGCGCUGCGCGCACGGCUACCGCAAGGACGCCAGCGGCUGCAGCCAGUGCGCCUGCCUGCCUGGCGCGGAGACGUCUCAGCCCGUGGUCGGCGAGGGGGCGCCGCCCAAGAGCUGCGCAGACGCGGUCCGGGAGCGCGACGACGGCGAGUACUGGUGGGACGGGUGCCGGGGCUGCUACUGCUGGGGCGGGGCGACGCUGUGCGAGCUAGCCUCGUGCAAGGACGUGCCGUCGGCGCUGCGCCGCAUGGCGGACCACGCGCUGUGCGACUCGGCGUCCGCGGCGUCGGCGGCCGCGCCGCGCGAGCCCCCCUCGCCGCUGCUGCGGGGGUCGGGCUGCGCGGGCCACCACGCGCACGGCACGUCGUGGCGCGAGUCCGACUGCCGGUCGUGCCGAUGCGUGCACGGCAGCACCGAGUGCUUCGAGCAGCGCUGCGCCGCGCUGCACUGCGACCUGCAGUUCACGCCCAGGGGCAUGUGCUGCCCGGCGUGCCUCGGCGACGGCUCCAAGCUGCCCCCGAAACUCGCCCCCCAGGGGACCCUGCCGUCGCUGCCCCUGGACGGCGGCCUCGGCGGCCUCGGCGGCCUCGGCGGACGGGCCGGCCGGCCGACGGGGACGUGCUGGUGGCGCGGCCAAGCCCUGGCCCCCGCCGACGAGUGGUUCCCCGACGAGUGCACACACUGCCAGUGCGACCCGGCGGGCUCGGGCUCCAGCACCUGCACCCAGGUGGUGUGCCCCGCCGGCCCCGCCUGCAGCAGCGCGGCCAGCAGGGCCUCCAGCCGCGCGCCCUUCUGCUGCCCGCCCUGCCAAGACGGCGCCGGCGGCGUGACGCUGCUCGUGUCGCUGCUCGUGGUGGUGGCCCUGCUCGUGCUGGUGGUGCUGGCGCUGGGCUACUUCGUCUGGCAGCGCAACCGGAGGCAGACGCUGCACAUCGCCCGCGCCGACGCCGUCCGGCCCAACUGCCAGGCCCGGCCCGCCGCCACCUACACCUACAACAUGAUCCCGCCGCUGUCGCGGUCAGCCUGACCCACCCGCUGUGUUUCGGCACCUCGAUUCCAUUAGCCUUCUCUGUCUCUCUCUCUCUUCGAACAAAGAUGCGGCAUUGAGUGUCCCCCCCUCCUCCUCUGGCCCCGCAGCGCGCGCGUGUGUGUACCCAUGUUUACCAAGAACCCUCUCAGUUGUGUGUAUCUUCUCGCAAAGUUUACUAAAACUACGGUUAAGUUAUUAUCGCCGGUAGUGUAUUUCUUGUAGAGGUUGUAGGCACCUACGGUAUCUAUUUAUUCGCAUAGAUUUAGGGUAGUGUUUAUUUAAUAUUGUGAACAAAUAUUUUAUUGCAGUUAGUUUCGCACGUAACGACAGGUUGCAGUAUUAAAUCACAAAACGUCCUUUUACACUAUUCAAGUAUUUUAUUUUUGUUAGAUUUGAGAGGAGUCCUUUCUAGUGACCCGUGACACGUUAGGCUAUUUUAGGUAUAUUUAAGAUUGACUGGCUUUUUGAAUGAGUCACAUGUGAUUUUAUGUUAUUGUGAUAAAAGUAGAUAAAUAGUGACUUUUAGAAACUGUUAAGUCUGGUAAGCGAACUAAAGAUAAUCUAAUUAUUUUUAAAAGGAAACCAUUAAGUAAUUAUAUUUUUCAACCUGCUUUCAUGUUAACAGUUGAGAACAUGAUGCAAAAGUUAAACAACAUAACUGUGAAAUAAUAUGUUACAUUAAAAUUAUCACAUGCCACAUUACAGCGAACAAAUGUCACCUCAUGUAUUCCUCCUUUUUUUUGUUCUCUCAAUACAAAUCUGUCCUAAGUCCGGCACAAUAUUAAUAUUCCAUUUACUCUGGAAAAAAAGCAAUAAAAACCCUGAUCAAAACUUAAA